AUGCUGUGUAGCAAGGAGUUGCAGGAUGCUGCGGCGUUGUUGCUGCUGCUGCUGCUGCUGCUGCUGACCUUCAGCUUCUUGACCGGCACCUCCACCGUUCCAUUAUUGUUGCUCGCCGGCCGCUGUCUGACAGGGGCGCUCUGCAGAAUUGGGGGGGAUUGGAGAUCGAUCGUGCUCCGUGAGAGCGGCUACCGCCCGGUUCAUAUGAUCGACGACCCACGGGUGGCGUCCCGAAAGAAGGGACGGAAAGCAAAAGGCUGCUUCAGAGUCGAGACCUCAUCGGACGCAGUGGAUCCUCCAUUCGACAACGACGGCAAUUUCAAGGAACCCGCAAGCUAA